CUUUAAAAUAAACUCAAAUCCAAAAAAAUGCAUUCUAAUUUUUGUAGCGAUGCUUUUGUUCGUAAAAUUUCAAACUUCCAUUGCUUUCCAUAGAUAUAAAUUCACUAAAUAUAUGAUUUAAAUUCCAGAAAUAAUCACGAGGGUGGCAGGCAGAGAAAAUCCACCUUUUAGACCUGCAGUGAGUCAAGGAGACUGUCCCGAUGAGCUGGUCAACCUUAUGGAGAGAUGCUGGAACGAUAAUCCCGAAGAUCGACCUACUUUCGAAUCGAUCAAGCUGAAUUUGAAAAAUAUAAUGAAGGGUUACUGUGAAAAUCUUAUGGACGACCUACUACGAAGAAUGGAACAAUACGCCAACAAUCUAGAAGUGCUUGUCAGCGAAAAGACUGAAGAGCUAAGCCAGGAAAAACGUCGAUCCGAAGAGCUUCUUUAUCAAGUGCUACCGAGACCUGUGGCUCAGCAGUUGAUGCUCGGCGAAAUGGUACAGCCCGAACAGUUUGAGUGUGUCACUAUUUAUUUUAGUGAUAUUGUUGGGUUUACGUCGCUUUGUGCUAAUAGUACACCUAUGCAGGUGGUAGAUUUCCUCAACGAUUUAUACAGUACCUUCGAUCGAAUAAUAGGAUUUUACGAUGUGUAUAAAGUAGAAACAAUAGGCGACGCCUACAUGGUAGUUUCCGGCCUUCCAGAACGAAAUGGAGACAACCAUGCCAGAGAAAUCGGCUUGAUGGCUCUGGCAGUACUGGAUGCGGUGCGCAGUUUCACCAUUGCGCAUCAACCAGAUAGAGUGCUACAGUUGAGAAUAGGUGUCCAUUCGGGUCCGGUAUGCGCAGGAGUCGUGGGUCAAAAAAUGCCCCACUAUUGCCUAUUUGGAGAUGCAGUGAAUACAGCUAGCAGAAUGGAAAGUACCGGGCAACCUCUAAAAAUCCACGUCAGCGAAGCCGCCAGACAAAUCUUCGACAAAUUCGGUACCUUCAACUUGGAACUUCGCGGCGAAGUCGAGCUGAAGGGCAAAGGGUUCGUCACUACUUAUUGGCUUUUGGGAUGUUCCGACUCGGAUCCUAGGCCGCCGACACCUAGGGCACCUAGUACUUUGGAGUUGGAGAAUAAUAAUCCGUAUCCGUUAGUUUUUAUGGGUUGAUAAUUUUUGUUUCAAUGGAGGAUCUCGAAUUUAGCAGAUUAGGUGCAACUAUUUCAAUUGGAAAAUUUGGUUUUGGGAGUCUUCGGGACCGUGGUUGAAGAAAAAUUCGGAAAUUUUCACUUUGACUUUUCGGUUGAAAAUCGAAAUUUCAAACCUUCAUUACUCAAAAACGACAAGUCAAAGAAAAAUCGCUUCAAAUGAAAAUUUGAAGAUCUUCAUGAGUUCUACAAAAAUGAUAAGUUAAUCCUCUAGCUACCACUUACGGUUUUCGAGAUUUUGAAGUAUUGAAAAAGUUGGGUAAGGAAAAGUGGUGUUACAGAUAAUUGAUACCUAUUAUUAAUAAAUUAUUUAUUUUUGGAAUUUGUAUUACCCUGUAUCUCAAAAGUUAAGACGAUUUGGAGAGUCUUUGAAAUCCUCUUUAUGUUAUGGUCAAAGAAAAAUUCGGAAAUUUUCUGUAGAACUCUUAAAGAUCUUUAUAGUUUUUCUCCAACUUUUUUGAGUUUCUAUAUUUUGCUACAAAAUACCUCAUUCAGUAUUAAUGUCAGUAUUAUAGUGUUUAAGUAAACGGUAAUAUAAAGGCGACGACAUAUAGGUACCUACAUGUGAAACCCUAAGUAGGUACUUUUAGAAACUAUUCGUAGCUUGUCAAUGAGCUAGAAAAGUUACUAAUCAAUUAUGGAAUAUCAAACGGACUCUGUCAUUAAAUUCGAAUGAAAGCUAAUAAAUUUGAUCUUUGGAUUAAUAAAGGACGAGAAAUGAAGACAGAGAAUAAGAAAACAAGAAAAAUCUUAUUAUGUUUUAUACGUAAAUUGGUUGAACAAGUAUUCCAGAGUCAAAUGGGAAAAUGCGUCGUCUUUGUGGAAACCGAAAAUAUACAAAAUAUGUGUAAUUUAAAUGUCAAUAAAUAAGUUCUAAGAUAAGUAAUGCUAAAAAUCAAAGUUUACUAUAAAUUAAGAAUAAAAACUGACUUAAAAAUAUCAAUUUUUGUAUGUGUAGCUAGAAGAAUUUCUGUGUGCUUGAUUGCUAUUAAAAAGUGAUAAAUAAUGUGUUGAAUUGAAUAAAUUUCCAAGGGCUUACUCUUAUAGUCCCCAGUAGGUACAUCGACCUUUAUAUUUUGUAACUCAUGUACACAGGAAACAGAGCUGGGAGUAACGACAAAAAAAAGUUACUUUACUUUAACGAGUUACUUGUUACUAUGAAAGUAACUCGUUCUCUCAAUGUAUUUAUCUUUUUUACAAAUAAUUGACGAGUGAGGAAAAGGAAAAUAAGUAAUCCAAAAACUUUGUAUGUCAAAUAAAAUGUUGGUAGUACACGCGCCGCCUCUGCUCUA